GAAUGGAAGGCGCCCCAGUGGUUCGGGAACGCCGUUCAUCUCGAUAAGGGAUGGCGCGAGAAGCAUGCCCGGAAGUUCGUCCCUGAGCCCAACUCCGCGCUCGACGCGCUCGACGAAUGGGUCGCAUACUUCGAAAAGACGGACCGUACGCGUCCGCAUGGCAUCACCCUCGCCAACGGCAAGGCCGACAAGGACCAGGUCGAAGGAUGGCUCAUCCUGAAGAUUGUCGGGCCGGCGCGCCUUCCGAACAAGAAAGUCGAACGCCGCGUUCGCAAUACGCCUAUGCAUCAGAUCUGCGCGUUCUUUUCGGAACGCGCAGCGGAAUAUUUCGGCAAAGUCGCCGCUCUUGGCGGAUCGAUCUCCGCGAUGUGGCAGCCCGCUCCACUCGAACACCCCGAGAAUUUCGAUUUCGACGCGUUCCUCAAACACGCGGUUCAUUGUGGCGUCUCCCGUAAGAUGGCCGAAGGCCCGAUUCACGCCUUCGCCGAACAGUGGAUGCAAGAUCAUCGCGAGAACCUCGAUCACGGAGUGGGUGGCACGGGCGCUUGA